AUUUCCUAUUAUUACUGCUGGUUGUUACGCGAGUGCAUGGUAGAAAUUCAAAGAACAUGGCGCUUGAAGAAGUUAACUCCAACACGGAAUUUGAUAAAAUCUUGGGUAAUUCUUCCAGGUGAGUUAAUGUCCUAUGUUUCAACCUGCCUAUAAUUUUUUCUCUGCUGAUAGCAAAACCAAUGUUUGUUACGAAAUCGCGGGAACAUAUGUGCAAAUUAUGUGCUGUCCUAAUACGAAAAGGAAUCGAGAUCGCCGCAAGCUUAGGUGAUACAGAAAAUGCUCAGUUUAAUUUUGGCUUUCUCGACACGAUCGGCUCCAUUUGUACAAGGUGACACUUUCAAGGAUGACACUUUGCUUAUAAAAUUAAAGUUAAGCUUUGCAUAAAAACUUUCAGCUUCGAACUUGACAACCAAAAAUCUCAAAUUGAAUGCGAUUAACUUAAGUUACAUUUAUUUUCAGUACGAGAUUUUUUUGGCGAGAAACACUACCAAGGCGUGGUGUUUUUAGCUCGUAAAGUCCGUUUCUUUCUAUUGUAUAAUAUUUCAAUUGUGACUUAAAUUUCAAAUUUAAACUUUCUUAAUUUUUUGAGGCUCAACAAAAAUUUGUCCGAUCACCCUUAAUAUUUAAUCCUGUAUGAAAGAAAUGAUGGAGCAUAAUUUGACAUUUAGAGUGAACUCAAAUUAUUAUAGAUUAAUUUGAAGUCUCCGUUUUUAAAUAGAAAAUGUCAAAUACAUAGUUGUCAUGUGUGUUGUAGCAUAAUGUCCAUGUUGUAAAGCUGUUAGCUUUAAAUGCUUAGUUUUAUGUUUUUCUUGUUUUAUUUACAGGAAAAGGAAAUAAACAUAAAAUUUGUUACUGUUAGGGUGGUACUUCAUAAAUUAUGUAUGCUUGAAAACAUGUACACCAGGCAUAUUUUAUGUGGAAGGAAUUUGGAAUAUUUUUCUUCAGGGUCCCUGUUGAAAUGUUGAUAACCUCCAAUUUAUUUUGCUGUCUUUGUUUAUUUUUUGACUGUUUUUUUUUCCAAUUGGCAAUAAGAUGACCUAAGGAAAGAGAGUAUUUUUUAAAGAAUAGCAAUGUGCUUUGUUCUGUGAUACAUGAAAAAAAUGUGUCACUGUUGUAAGUGCUGGUGUCUUAGUGGUAUUGAACAAAAUCCCCUGUCUUCUUUUUUUAAUCAAUUUUAGUGCCCUUACUGUGGUACAUUUCCAUGCUCCAUGGGCUCCUCAAUGUAAACAGAUGAAUGAAGUGAUGACAGAGUUGGCAAAGGAGAACUCACAUGUCAAAUUUGUGAAGGUCAGUCCCAUUGUUGGAAAGUCCUAGGGGACAAUUCAUUAUUAAUCACAGGGUGUGGAGGAUUUUGUUUGUGUCUCCAUGAUAUGAACCUGAUCCUCCUAUAAGGCUCUGUAAUAUUCUUAGGACCCCCCCUCCCCUCCCCCAUUCAUUUAACUGGCAGUAAUUUUUUCACUGUCCCCCCUUUACACUCUGUUGGUAAUAACUGAUCACUUCUCUGUUCCUCCUGAAAACCAUGUGAUCAUCUCCCAGAAUCCCUUGCAACCUCCUCCUUGGCAAUAAAUAGUCUCUGAGUGAGAUGUACUGACAUCAACUUUACAUUGAUAAACUCCUGCAAACACAGCACAAUAAUUUCAAUAAUCAAUAAAUUAUUUUGCCCGACCAACUUCUGUCCCACAUAUUUUUUGUUUGUAGAUUGAGGCUGAGAAUCUACCAGAAAUAUCUCUUAAAUAUGAAAUAAGUGCAGUUCCAACAUUUCUCCUUUUCAAGGUGGGUAAAUCCUUUACACCCUAAUUUUAGUAUGCAUACAGGGCGUGAAAUAAAUUUUUUUUUUCUGAUAGCCAUUUGGCUCCUAAAUUCUUCAAAGUGGUAGCCAAUUCAAAAAAAGGUGGUCGCCAUUUUCAAAGACAAACAAAACCAUUCUUUAUGCUGUCAGCGUUCUAGAUAAACCCUCCAAAAUUAAGUAAGGGAAACGAUCUCUAAUGUGCUACAAAGUGGACACUGGGAUGGAUGAUAUACAACAUUCAGGCUCACCUAAAUCCAAGAUGGCGUCUAGUUAUCGAUCGAGAUGCCUGUGGUACGUUUUGGAAACAAACUUAAUGAGGAAGUUUGCUGCAGAUUUAUCUUUGCAAAUCUUUUUAAUUCACUAUAUCUCUUGGUAAGGUUAUGAUGAAAAAUGUAAUCGCAUUGGCCCUGUAUUAGGAGCAAUUUCACGCCCUGGCAUAUUCUCCAUACUGUUCUCUAUAUAUUUCCUAAGGUAAUGACAAGGAGAAUUUGUUUAACAAUCAAGAGCUUCUUUAGUUGGUGAUCAUUUCCUUUAUUCUUGUGUAAUAUGUGAUUUGGGGGAGGGGGCUGGGAGAUAUUGGAAAGAGAGAUAAUAUGCCAGUCAAUCAGCAGAGGGUCAAGGACAACGGGAUAGGAUUGGAUAAGAUUUGCGUUUCCCAUUGUGGGGGUCCUUACUACCCAGGUUAAUCUGAUUGACCCUUUCUCUGUUAGUAGUGAUAAAAAAUAAUUUUCUCCUAUAGUAUCAAUACAUUUCUAAGCAGAGAGGAAAUAAAAAUAUAGACUUGGUGUUAUUUUUCUAUUUGACACUAAAUACUUGGUGUGAAAAUUAAAAGGAAUGUAUGGCUGUCAGUGUAAAUAAUUCAUAUUUCGUUCUUGGAAGUGGAAGGGUUAACUAUUAUUUUGAUGAGGAUUAUCCUGAGAAAUGUUGAUGAGCAUGAUGAUAAUCACUUGGAUAAUGACAUCCAUAAUGGUGACGACAAUAAUUAUGGCAAUAACAAUACAUCUGGAGGCGUUCGUAGGGCAUGUGUUGGUCAUUAUCUUUGGUCACUCUGGUUUUACAUGGAAGUAAUAAAUUUAUUGCUGACUCAUCAUAAUACAGAAGUAAGACAGAAAAAGGCAACAGUGUAACAUGUUAUGUGUGGUCACUCAUCCAAGUGUUAACCCUUCAGUGUUAAUACUUCAAGCUUAACUUCAGUGAGAAGUACAAGGAUGUGGCUAACUACCACUAUGAUGUUCAAAGUGGAUACUAAGUGUGGUUUGCCACGGGCAUCCCACAAAAAUAAUGGCACUAAUUUUGAUUACUGUGGAUGACAUUAUUAGUAAACUUGUUGGACAUGACUUUUAACUUGUUUAUGUUUAGAACCAAAAGGUUGUGGAUCGGUUGGAUGGAGCAAAUGCUCCAGCCUUGACCAAGAAAGUUCAACAUCAUGCAAGUAUUAUCACCACGACUGUUACUGCAGAAAAAGAACAGGACACAAAACAGGUUUGUUCCAGAGGUUUUCUACAGGUUUUGUUCUACUCUUACAUGUACAUGUACUUUUACAGGUCAGGGAAAAUUCAGGGAAAAAAAUAUUUCUGCAAGGUUAGGGGAAGUCACGGAAAUUUUACCUCUUUGAAAGACGUCAGGGAAGAGUGAAAUCUUGUUUUAAUCUUAUGGGGGCCCUUUUUGUGAUGAGAAAUGCUGACCCUUUUUGGCAGUUAAUAGAUUCCCACAAGCAUUUUUAUUUCCCCUGUGUGAUUCAAGUUACUUCGUGAAUUAAACUUCUCCCAUUCUCAUGGUUUUGAACAUUUCAUAUUCUGUGUUACAUUUUAUGGACAUAAAAUGUGUUGGAUUGGUAGAAUACUGUUUCAUGAAAUUGAAGAACAAGAUGAUAUAUUUGGUUUUCAAGAAAAUCAACUACUUUUCUAUGUUGCAUUUAAGAAACUGUCAAUUCAUAAGCUCUACAUGUUACUUGUCUGAAUAAAACAUAACUUAAAGGACGGAAGGGAGGUAUGAGGCCAUUGUCAGGACUUAUAAUCGAUAUUGUUUAUUCAGUUGGUCAGGGAAUUUCAGGGAAGAGUCUGAGAAAAGUCUGGGAGAAGUCAGGGAUUUUAAAAAGAUCUAUGAAUGUGGGAACCAUGUGUCAUUAAGAGAUAGUAGCUGGUCAAAACAACUGGCAAGUCUGCCAUCUUGAGCUAGCUACUUUCAUAUCAUUUUAUUGUGGUUGCUGAUGAGAAAUGGUACAUUAAUGCGUCACUACUAUUAACUAUAGUUUUGUUUGUUUCUCAGGAUUUAAAUACCAGGUUGAAGAACAUCAUAAAUGGAGCACCAAAUGUCCUCUUCAUGAAAGGAUCACCUCAGGAGCCUCGCUGUGGUCUGUAUCUAGCUUUUUUGUACUGAUAUUUAGGGAAUUCACUUGUUGUUUUUUUUUACUCUCUACACACUAAUAUCAGUAUCUACAUUCUCCAUACUCUUCUUUGCACAUUUCCUUUAGUACUGACAAGGAGAAUUUGUUUAACAAUCAAAGCUUCUCUGGUUGUGGAUCAUUUCCUUUAUUCUCAUGAUCUUAAUGAAUGAUUCAGCAGUAUUACUGUGAGGAGAAAUUACAUGCUCAUAGCUCUCAGGGUUUAAUUAUUUAAAGUGUUAAAGGUUUUUUUUUAAGUGUUUGCCUUGAGGAGGCCAUUGGGAAGUUCAGAGUGUUGUGAAAUUGCUUUAAACAUUUAUAAGAUGGUAUUGUUUCAUGUCAGUACAGCAAAUUGAUUCUUUGUUUUGAUUGUAGGAUUUAGUCGGCAAAUAGUAGAGUUGUUAAAUUCACAUGGAGCAGAUUACAGUCACUUUGAUAUCCUUACAGACAAUGAAGUCAGACAAGGUUUGUAAGUUGGUCACAGUUUUUCCCCAUCUUUCAUUCAUUUUGAGUGACAGAAGGAACAUAAAUUGCUGUGAGUUGGGUCUUGUAUCAUUUUUAUCUCAGUUAAGCAUGAGGUAUCUAUCUGAAGUUGUUGUUUUAUUUUAUAAUAGGUUUAAAGGUGUACUCAAAUUGGCCCACAUACCCACAGUUAUAUGUUGAUGGGGAACUUGUUGGAGGCCUGGACAUAGUGAAGGUUUGGAAAUGCUUCCUCGUAUUGUUAAGACCAUUAAUCCAAGAUCUGAUGAUUAGUUAUUCCCUCUGGCUAUCACACAGUUCCUUGUAGGUUAUGGUUUUAAAUCAAGAUAUCUGCCACCUGAUAAGUUUGAGUAUUCUCACUAGCUGUUUUCUAGAAAAUGUAUGGUUAUUAUUGGGAGAAGUUGCAUUUUUAUCGCUUUAGGGAAUUAAAAGUUUAGGAAAUGGGCAACCAACUUUAUAAAGGAUAUUUUUAGACAGUGUUUUCUAUGUUUAUUUGGGCAGUUUAACCCUACCAUUACACCCUAACAUCAGUAUCUUUAUUCUUUAUACUCUUCCCUUUACAUUUCCUUUGGUGCUGACAAGGAGAAUUCAUUUAACAAUCAAAGCUUCUGUGGUUGGCAAUCAUUUCCUUUCUGCUCAUGAUCUUAAUGAAGGAUUCAGUAGUUUUAGUGUAAGGCAAAGUUAGAAGCUUGUCACUCCUAAGGCCUGGUCAUUUACAUGAGGUCUAACCAAACUGUAGUUUAAUGCAAGUUGUGUACCUCAGGGAUUCUCUGUAAGAGGGCUGACUGAUUUGAUUGAAUAAAUGUCCAUUCAUUAUUAGCAUUCAGCUGUCUUGACACUGUUCUCAAAAAUAAAUCUUCAGAUAGAACUUUUGGAUAAAUUGAAGAUGGCUAAAAACAUGGUUUUCUUAAACAACCACUAAACAUUGUUUAAAUAAUUGACACUUACAGUUUAAGGACUUUUGUAUACACCAAAUUCAAAUGUUCAUGGCUGCUGCAGCAGGCCCAGUUUGAGAAAUUUUGAUGUAUGUAAAUUUUGGGUAAGGAAGUAAACUGAAGCUUUAAAUGACAUUUCUGGAAAUCAUUUACCUUCAGAAGGGUUCUUUGGGCCAAAUAGAAGGAAAUUCAGUUUUUUUACUUUGUCAGCUGCACUUGCUAUUUCCAGAUAAACACUCAUAACCCUUUAACUCCCAUGAGUGACCAAGACAGAAUUUCUCUUUACAGUAUCAAUACAAUAUCACCCAGAUAAGUGAUGAGAAUAAAGAAAAAUAUCAAUAUGGGGAUAAUUAGUUGAUUCAAUACUAAAUUCUCUGAUCUAACAUCAUAAGAAUUGUAUGGUUGACAGUAAGGAGAAUUAAAAAUUUGAUCUGGGAGUUAAAGGGUUAAUAUAAAGGAAAAUGCUAUCAGCAUGAUCUUUGUGUUACUAAGACCUUUUCCAUGUAUUUUCAUUGCAGGAACUUGCAGCAAGUGGGGAAUUAACAUCGACAUUGUCAACAAAAGAAGAUCUUAACAAAAGGUAAAUACCAGCCUCAAAAAAAAAAAAAAAAAAAGGGAAAGGUUUAGUCUAAAAGUUUUCUGACCCAAAAAAACAAACAAACAAACAAAACCAUUCACUCUGAUGAAGGGCUGAUGCUGGAAACAUUAGCUUUAGAAACUCUUUGUGGUGGCUGACUCACCCACACAGCACCACAAUUAGAAACUUAGCCUUAUUAAAACAUGGUUCAGUCCAAUAAGCCCACCCUUCCAUCUCUUGCUUUAUGCAUAUAUUCUGCAUGUGUCACACUACUGUUAACUUUAUUUUCAAGGUUACAGUCUCUUAUCUCAGCUGCCCCUGUGAUGGUUUUCAUGAAAGGAAAUCCUGAGGUGGGUUUAGAUUUCAUUAAUUCAUGAUGAAUUUUAGCUGCAUAUGGCAAAGAUGGCUAUGUAGUGUGGUGUCCUCCAUGAGCCCAGGGGACUUGGGUUUUCACCACCUUCUUGUUUCUGAGGUGCUGAGUACUUUAAUUAUACAAAGAAGUGAAAUCUUAUGCCACUUAGUCGUUUAUAUCCACCUGAACCUUUUGCUGGUGUUUUCCUUUCUUUUUUUUAACAUGUACCCGUCUUAAUCUGUAGAAUGAUAUAAUGUUCACCUUUCUUCUUUUAUUUUUAAUGCAUACAACUAAGAAAUCUUCAAAGGAAAGCUAGAGAAACUGACAAGUCUGUUUAGUGAAUUAAAAUUGUGAUUAUAGUCAUGGUAACUUAAAUUUAGUAAUUUUUUUCAUAGGGUCCAAGGUGUGGUUUCAGCAGGAAAUUGUGUGAAAUCUUGAAAAAGUAUCCUAGGUGAGUUGAGUUAUUCUAGCAGGGUUUGGAAUUUUUAGGUUUUUGUUCAGGUCUUUCUAAUUAAGGCUUUCAGAAACUAAACAUGCGAGAACUGAAAAAGGUUUAGAGACUCAAGGCUUGUUGGAUUGGUUGUAAAAAUCUUGCAACAUUUUAGGGUUUUUAAGCAUAAUCUGUAAUAAUCCCAUGAAGAAUAAUUUGAGUGUUUUUUUUUCCAUUUUUUCAGUGUCCCAUUCAAGACUUUUGAUAUAUUGGAAGAUCAAGAGGUAAAAUUUAAUUUGCCUAGUAGACAACGACAACAACAACAACAACAACAACAACAACAACAACAACAAUAACAACAACAAUAACAGGAGAAGCAAACUAAGAAUAACUCUCUUUUACAUCUCAGGUUCGCCAGGGUCUCAAGACAUAUUCUAACUGGCCGACUUAUCCACAGAUUUAUGUGAAGGGAGAACUAAUUGGCGGAAUAGACAUCAUCGCGGUAUGUGUGGCGUCCAUCAUGUCAUGAACUAUUCCCCCACACACUGUGGAAGGGGCACAUCAAUUAUCCCUACCCCACCCUUGUAGUUCACUGCAAAAGGGGUGAGGGCUAAGGGCUGAAAGCAACUUUUCUUGUUAGAUUCUAGCUUCAAUUGAAACUUCUGAGUAAUUUUAGACUGCAUUUGUAACUCUGGGACCCUUUCGUCUUCAGUCCAGCACUCUCCUACAGUCCCAUCAAUAAUGUGCAUCUCCUGUGUUCCUUCACAGUUGUUAUUUGGUCUCUUAUGCAGCAAGACACUUAAAAAAAAAAAAAUGGCUGCUGAAAGUCUUGUAGUCCAUACUCUCCCUGAAAAUUCUCUGGAUAGUUUGUAAAUGAACUUCAAAUCAUUUGUUCCUACAGGAGCUUGAUAAAGAUGGGGAGUUGGAAAGCACCUUGACUGGUUAAUUUCAGAAAAAUUAAGAAAAAAUCCAGAAGUACCAUCAUAGUUUUAAGGAUGAAAGACUGUCAGUGACAUUAUUUUUCAAAGUUGACCUGUUAGAUGCUCAAUAUCAGGAAAUCGAUAGGUUACAACAGUGCAAUGACAAAAAUCUGUGAAAAAAUUUAAAUGCUUUUUCUUGACAUUGAAACAAAGCUAUUGUUGUUUUAGACUGGCAGAAGAAAAUGUAACUUAUCUCCAAUAAAAACAUGUUACAGAUCACAAUUAAUGAUUUUCUGUGUUGCACAAAGUUAUCAUGCAAAUGAUCAAAAUCUAAUGAAUGUAAAGAUACAGUUUAUACCUUUGUUUGUUUUUUUUAUUAUUGUUGUUUUAUUAACAUUGUACAGGUAAACGUAUUUUUCAUAAGUAUUUACAAGUUGCCUAUGAACUGCUUAAGGUUUGGUUAAAAAUAACAACACUUUUUAAAAGUUUUUGCCCUCAAGGGGAGCAAACCUUUUGCCUUUAAUUUUUUUGUUAACCACAAAUCAAUCGGUUUGAAUUUGCAAGCACCUAGC